UGCUUUGGUCUACUGGUCUUGUUUUUGUUCUCAAUUUCUUGUUAAUUGUUUGGUUUCGACAAUCCAUUUGUGUUAAUUUCUCCGUUUUCGAUGUGAAGUGGUGCUCCAACAUGUAUUUUCUAAAAUCGUUGAAGUGAAACGCACAUUUAUUCAUCGGUAGAGAAUAAAAUGUAAAAGAAAUACCUUGAUGUCUUUGAGUGGGACUGUUUUUUAUUUUAUUUACCAUGGAUAACAGAGGCAAAGCAACAAAACAAAAUUCCGAAGAAAUUGUAGAAAACGGGGAUGCAAAGAAUGGAAACGUAGCUUUCGAUGGAGCUGAAGAAGCUGUUUCCACUGAUUCCGAUGAGUAUUUAGCAAACCCCUUACGAUAUAGAAACUAUGAUUUAAACAGCUCUACUGCCUCAAAUGUAACCCUUUUAGCUCAGAGUAUGACUAUUGCCGAUCACAACAGUUUUACUCAUCAAACAGAUGAUAAUGUGUCUUAUACGACUAGUGAUAUCUUAAACCCCAUACAAAUACCCAUAGUGGGCUAUGAAAUUAUGGAAGAGCGUGCUCGUUUUACUGUAUACAAACUUCGAAUUGAAAACAAGAUUAACGGUGAUUGCUGGUACGUGUUUCGACGGUAUACGGAUUUUGUGAGGCUUUGUAACAGACUAAGGAACAAAUUUCAAGAUGUUGUUAGGCAUUUACCAAGGAAAAGAUGGUUAAAAAAUAAUUUUGAUCCGAUUUUUCUCGAGGAAAGAAUCAAUGGGCUCCAAUCUCUAGUAAAUGCAAUUUUACAAGUACCUGAAUUGGUUAGUUCCAUAGAAAUACAAGAGUUUUUCUGUCUGAAUGAGCCCCCAAUGCAUUCUGAGAGUAAUGGCGAGUCGAGGGCAGUUUUUGAGGCUUUGGAAGACACAAUAUCUGACUUAAAGUUGCAGCUUAAAGAGAAAGAUGUGGUUAUAGAUAAUUUACAGGAAAAAAUGCAGAGUUUGUUGAAUGAAAAUGAAAAUUUGAAGAAAUCUAUGAGAGCUAACAUAUCCAAAGAGGUAUCAUCAGGAACGCAAUAACUAAUAUCAAGUAUUAAAGAAAUGAAUUAGGAAUAUAUAUAUUUUUAUAUUAUAUUAGUUUAAAAACAAGUGACAAUAUGUUAGGACGUUGCAAUAAGGAUUAAUAUAGUUUUGUGAAUAGUGUUUUAAUGUUAAAUCAGUUACCUUGUAUUUUAUACAGAACAUUUAUAGUUGUAAAUAAUUUAUUAAACAAUUUUUAUAAUGUUAA